CCAUAAUGGAAAAUCAUGAAAUAAAUGACACCACGGCUGAGAAUAAUGAUACAACAAUUGUCACUACAGAUUUUGAUGGUAAUAACAAAAGAGUCUUUGGUAAUAUAAGACGUAAUUUACUGAGUGAUGGAGAUUCAGCUAUCGAAAGGAAAUCUCUAAAGCUAUUUGACCAAUUAUUAAAAACAAAUGUGUUGAAUGAUUAUUAUGAUAAUUUUAAGAAUUUGAGCUCUCUAAAACAGCUUAAUGAUUGA